CGGACGCGGAGGGGUGUGCGCAGCCUCGGCGCGGGCGGCGCGCAUGCGUGCUGUCUGCGACGCCGCGCGACUUGCCCGGCUUCGUGAUUGCGACGGUAGUAGCCGAGGCUUCGCGCGGGCGGAGGAGGCGCGGGAGCAGUCUUUAAGAAACAGAUAUGGCUUCCAAAAGAGCUCUGAUCAUCCUGGCCAAAGGAGCAGAGGAGAUUGAGACGGUGGUUCCUGUGGAUAUCAUGCGGCGAGCUGGGAUUAAUGUCACCGUUGCAGGUUUGACUGGGAAAGACCCUGUGCAGUGUAGCCGUGAUGUCGUGAUUUGUCCCGAUACCAGCCUUGAAGAAGCAAGAAAGCAGGGACCGUACGAUGUGGUGGUUCUUCCAGGAGGAAAUCUGGGUGCCCAGAACUUAUCUGAGUCGGCCAUGGUGAAGGAGGUCCUGAAGGAGCAAGAGAGCAGGAAGGGCCUCAUAGCUGCCAUCUGCGCAGGUCCCACAGUUCUGAUGGCUCAUGAAAUAGGUUUCGGAAGCAAGAUUACAGCACACCCACUGACAAAAGACAAAAUGACGAAUGUCACUACAGCUACUCAGAGAACCGCGUGGAGAGGGACGGCCAGAUCCUCACCAGCCGAGGGCCUGGCACCAGCUUCGAGUUUGCACUGGCCAUUGUGGAAGCACUCAGCGGCAAGGACAUGGUUGACCAAGUAAAGGUGCCCCUCCUGCUCAAAGAUUAAUGCCUGACCCUGGACCCCGAGGCUGAGGCCAUGGGAAGCACAGUGAGCCCAGGAGCCAGCGAACCUGGGGACGUGCAGUGUGUGACGUGGCUGAGACACAGGGACCUCACCCUGAAGCCUGGGUCUGAACCUUGCUAGUAGAAUAAACAGCUCACCAAGCUCCUGGCA